CGCAGGAACGAGACCCGCCCGAACAAUUGCCGAUAGUAUUACAGGUGCUGUUGUCGCAGGCGCACCGACUGCGUGCACUGCAACUACUACAAGAGUUCUUAGACUUAGGUGCCUGGGCCGUGAAUCUGGCGUUGUCCGUGGGCAUCUUUCCGUACGUACUCAAACUCCUCCAGUCACCAGACCUGUCGAUCCGGAGUAUCCUGUGUUUUAUCUGGACAAAGGUGUUAAUGGUAGACAAGUCGUGCCAACACGACAUCAGCAAAGAGGGUGGCGAGGCCUAUUUCAUUGAGAUUCUGUGCGACGCUGGGACACCCAUGCGCGUGCGGGCGAUGGCGGCGUUCUGCCUGUCUGCCAUAGUGGACAAUAAUCCAGUAGGACAGAAGGCCUGCAUUCGCCAAGGGAAUGAUCUGAUCUGGAAGAUUAACCGGCUAUUGCUGCAACGGGUCGUGCUGGAAUUAGACGCACACGCACGCAAAUGGAUCUGCCUGUGCGCGGCAAAGGUGUGGGAGGAGGUCGAAAUAGCCAAAGAGUUGGCGUUCAACGAGCGUGCACAUGAGACUAUGUGUGCGCUACUAUUCGAUCCAGAUCCCGAGGUUCGGGCGGCGGCAGCGCUGGCGGCAGGCUGUCUGAUAAGGAAAGUGGACGAUCGCUCAGGCACAGCCGAUAGAGACAUGGGUGGCAACCAGGAGACUUCACAAGGCCCCCACGACGGGAACGCACAAAGGGAGUCCGGUGGUGGGGGUGGCGGUAGCAGCGGCUUACGGGGUGACGGGUAUAAUGAGGCUGAGUGCUACGCCUUCAUCUGCGAAUCACUGGUAGCUGCUGCGCGCGACAGCUCGUGUCUUGUGAGGAAAGAGGCCGCCAUUGCGUUGCAUACGUUAUUGCUGAGCUACCACUCUGAUUUUGUCAUCGCGGGGCAUCAAAGAGCGGCACGCGUGGCUAUGAACAACGGCAUAAUCUAUCGCACAGGACUCUCACAGGCACAUGUUUACAGUGAUGGCGAUGAUCCCAGAAGGCGGAGUGGGAGUACGGAUACAAACGGCACGGUUGGCACGCACGAGACAAAUCGAACCGAAACGAGCCUCAGCACAAGCAGUAACGGACUGGUCAGCCUCAGCUCGCAACUACAGGUCCUCGACCUGGCAAGCCGGACUGGCCUGGGCAACCACUACAGCACCAGCGAUUCCACCAGUGCGAGGGGUGGGGCCAGACGGGAUACAGGACCGGGCCAACGCACCCGGAAACAGGACAGUACAAGCAACGCAAGCACAGGCACAGGCACGAGUGCGAGUAUCAGCGUCACAGUAACCCAUCCCGAAUACUCAACUGAGGACAACCACGCGGGCGGCAGAGACUACAGUGACCGGCGUCACGGAGGUAGGCACGACUCAGUCAACACCACCUCGAGACAGUCGAGCCUGGCAACGUCUGCGUCUGAGUCGGAUGGGGGGUUGACCUGGGAUGGGGAGCGCGAGCGUUCGUUGAGUAGUAUAUCGGGGUCUGCGGGAGCAACACACGAAUACGGACAAUACCCACACGAGUACGCGCAGGAGCGAGAGCAGGUGCAUGUGAUACCGUUUGAGCUGGCGUGGGAUGAGCUGGUAGUGCUGUCGGACGAUCCGUAUCCGGAAAUUGUACUCCUCGCACAGACGAUUAUGGAUGAUCUGAGGACACCGGGCUUUGAGAGGGUUCGCCCCGUUCGAUUCACCGCAGGGUUCUCUGGCGGGAGGGCACACAGCUCCAGCAUGGACGACGGCUUCCCCCAACACGCACAAAGCAACACAACUACGGGAAGUAAGCUAAGCGCUGCUACGCGUGCGACAACUCCCAAAGCGCAGACGGCCAAGAGACAGCUCAGCUCGGGCAGCCAGAGCCAGGGCGGCAUGACGAAUGCUCUUGUUAAGAGUACGUCCGGCCUACAGAAGAGGUCGAGUGCAUUCAGCUCUACCGGCGACAUCACAAAGUUGAUUGCGCUGGAAGGGUCCAAUGCCUUAGGCUACGGCAAUGGCUAUGCCAGCGGUUUGCGGGUGAUGAACUCUGCACUCUCUCAGAGCUCAAUCAACCGGCUGAGUCAAGGAGGUCUGACUGUGGACAACUUGCAUGCGUCGAGCCGAGCAACGAGUUACGACCACUUAGGGCCGGGUGGCAAAGCAGUGCUAGAGCCCGAAGAGACGAUCAAGGUCGAUUCCGAGUAUUACAUACGUUCGUGCGAGUACUUCAGGCAGCCGCUCUUACACCCCCAGCGGAAGAAGCCGCCCACACCCGGCUCAGCUGGCGGUGGCUAUGGCCCGAAUGAGCUCAGAGCACAGUACAUACGGACACGCAACCAGAGCGUGCUUAAGAAGGCCAUAGCGUUGGAACACUUCAAUCCAGG